CCUGUGCUCCUUGUCUCAGAGACUCUGCUGAAUGAACAGAAGGUUAAAACAAACAACAAGAAGCUGCCACCCCUCCUCACCUCCCUUCCUCUUUCCUGAUCCUCUCCUCAUCCUGUCAUCUCUCUCUCUCUCUCUCUCUCUCUUUGUGUGUGUACCUGAGAGUCAUACCUCUCUCCACUCUGCAGCCAGUCAGAACCAAGGGCAGGACAUACACACAAAGAUGAUGACAAGUAGUCGUAGGGCCACCCCGGCACAGCCCAGCCCCUCACACCUGUUAAUCAACCCUAAUGCCUCUGCAACCCCAGAACCUGGGUCCGGAGGCCACACCUCCACAAAGUUUAUGAGCGAGUUACACUCCCUCCACAUGCCCUCAUGGGCUAUAGGAGCUCUAUGCGUGGUGAGUGUGUGUCUGGUGUUGUCAUGCUGUUUGUGUGUCUGGAGGAAAUGUCUGAAGAAGAAAGACAAGGACACAGAGAAGGAGAAGAAGGGCUUGAACAUGGACACUGAGCUGGAGGGAGGCACCUCUGAGCCCCUGAAGGAUGAGGGUGAUACAGAGACCGGAUUGACUGGCAGGGAGGAGGAGGAGCCUAAAGAGGAAGUGAAGUUGGGCAGACUGGAGUUCUCAUUGGACUACAACUUCACAGAGAACACGUUGGUAGUAGGUAUCCUGCAGGCCUGUGAUCUCCCUGCCAUGGACGUUGGGGGAAGUUCAGACCCGUAUGUUAAACUCUACCUUUUGCCAGACAAGAAGAGGAAGUUUGAGACUAAAGUCCACAGGAAGACACUCAACCCAACCUUCAAUGAGACUUUCACCUUCAAGGUACCGUACAGUGAACUGGGAGGCAGGACUCUGGUGAUGACAGUGUAUGACUUUGACCGUUUCUCUAAACACGACGCUAUUGGAGCGCUACGAGUACCAAUGAGCAGCCUGGACUUCAGUCAGAUGACACAGGAGUGGCGGGAACUGAAGAAGGCAGAGAAAGAGGAGUCAGAGCGUCUGGGUGAUAUCUGUCUUUCUCUGAGGUACGUUCCUACAGCAGGGAAACUAAGCAUUGUCGUCCUCGAGGCCAAAAACCUAAAGAAGAUGGACGUAGGAGGACUAUCAGACCCCUAUGUAAAGAUACACCUUCUGCAGAAUGGAAAGAGACUGAAGAAGAAGAAAACCAGCAUCAAGAAGAACACUCUCAACCCUUACUACAAUGAGUCCUUCAGCUUCGAGGUGCCUUUCGAACAGAUACAGAAGGUGCAGGUAGCAGUGACCGUGUUGGACUAUGAUAAGAUUGGGAAGAAUGACGCUAUCGGGAAGGUUUUUCUAGGCGGAGCCAGCAGCGGCACAGAGCUCCGUCAUUGGUCAGACAUGCUGGCCAACCCCCGCCGGCCCAUUGCUCAAUGGCACGGCCUCAAAGCAGAGGAUGAAGUCAACGCUGAGCUGGCUGCCAGGAAGUGAUGUCACAUCCCUAGGCAGCUCUCUGUAGAAGACUACUUUAUAUUGAUGCAUACUGACUUUGCCCUUCUACUCCUACCCACUUAUAAACUCCCAAACCCUGAUACCCAUCCACCAUUCAUGACCCCCCCCCCCCCCCCCCUCUACUGUGUAAAGUAUUUAAGACACAUUACUAUCUGGGACAUUAGCAUGUAUAUAUCAUGAUAAUACUGUGAAAGAUGUACAUUAUACUAUGUUAUUAAACAUUCUAAG